AUGGAAGGAAGUCUUCAGCUAGGAGAAGGGUUCAGUUAUGACCUGAAGUCCAUAGAAAUACCGCUGAAAGUUGAAGUCAUUGAAGAAUUUGAUCCGUCGAUUCCAGUUAUCCUUCCUCACGAUAAAGUCUUCUCUAUCCAAGUAGGCUACAAGCUUUUCAGACUCAGCGGGUUAUCGCUUUCUUCUGAUGCACCUUCUUACUUCACCAAGUUUUUCACGCAAAUGCAAAAUACUGAGAAGGUUCUUUUCAUUGACCGAAACCCCAUGAUCUUCGAGAAGAUCUACAACCAUCUCCAGGGCUAUUCGUUGAAUGUAGAUAGUGAUUACGAAUUUGUCCAUCUUUGGUCUGACAGCUACUAUUUCGGACUAAAGAGACUCCAGAGAUUUCUCACUGAUCAAGAUAUAUUUGCAACGAUUGGUGACCAAUCCUUUAAGAUUGCGAAGUCGCUCUUCGUCAAUUCUGGAAAUUUUCCUAACUACUUCACACUUAAUUAUGAGACAUUGCUCACGGACAACAUCAAGAUCAUUGAAGAGAAAAAUAUGUUGAGGCCACCCCCGCAAAAGCCAGCUACAGUGUCUAACCGGUCUCCACUUCUCUUUGCUGACUUGUUAGAGCUUUUACGUGGCAAUAACUUGAUUAUCAAGAAUGAUGAACACAGAGCAUUGCUCAUUAGAGAGUGCAAAUACUAUCGCUUUUUAGAACUAGAACAACGUAUUCUUAAACACAGAAUCAUAAACAACCCAUUCAUGGACAACAAGCAGGAAAUUAUCAUGAAUUUGAACGACUUGCAACGCAAAGGUAUCUUAAACACUUCUCCGCCAGAUAAGUCCAUAGAAGUACCAAUUCAGUAUACUCGUCCUUACAUUCUUAAGGAGCCUCCGAGGAAUUUAAUCUUUCAGCUCGACUCAAAUUGUGAUAUAUUGAACAAGAACUACUCUGAAGUGAAGCUUUUACUCAACAAAGCAUUGAAGAUGGCCACAGUUCAGAUAACCAAUAAACUUGGUCAGAAGAUGCUCCAAGUAUUUAAGGACUAUAAAGAUGACUUUAUGAUGCUGAAUGACAAACAAUCGCCAUCUUUGACGUUUAUAGCGGGGUUUUCGGACUGCAAAGCAACAAUCAACGGUAUGCAAAUGAAGAAUGGAUGGAUCUUCGACUUAAUGGGUGGCAAUAUGUCCAACGAAGAGAUCGAAGAAUUGUCUCCCGCCGCAAAGAAAAGGAAGUUCUCAACCAAUGAGGUGAAGGGUGACCUCAUUGAGAUCAAGUUGAAGAGGUCUUUAUGGCGUAUGGUUAUGCGUGGGGACCGUUCAAGACUCCACGCCGUUUCUAUAGAAGGAGAGUCGGACCAUUCCUCUUUUAUCAAAGAGAACAUUGAGUUCUUGUGA